AAACGCGAGGCGGCCGGAUCGGACUGACUCGCGCGAAUCGAUCGGCGGCCCCGCGUCGUCGUCGACGUCGUCGUCCUCUCUCAAACCCGCGGCGGCGAUUACAGCGGCGUGUCCGCGCGACGAGGAAGCGUGCACGCGACAGCACGCGUCGCGAGAGCAUCGGGAAUUCCGUCGUCGUCGUCGUCGUCGGUGUGGAAAGUCGCCAAGAGGCACGAGGGUUGAGAAAACGCAGGGCUCUCGUCUCGUCGGAAAGACGAGACUUCGUCUGGGAGAUUCAGCCCUCGAUUUGCCGGCUGCCAGAUUUCUCUAGCUGUGGAGGAAAGUGCGAAGUUUUCCUCUGGAAUAGGAGAUCGUGAGAGACGAUGAAAUCGACGAGGAAUGUCGAAAUUCGGCGUCCAAUAAAUCGGCUGGCAACGAGUGUGCGUAUAAUAAAAAUCGGUGCUUUAACUGACUAAUAUACAAAUUGGAGAGCGACUCAGACAAGGGGAGAGGAGAUUGGGAACAUGCGAAUGAUUGGCUGUGCAUGACUAUUUUCUGCGAAAAAAAAAUCACCGAGCUAUCAAUUACGCUUGUUAAGCAAAACGAUUAACGCUGUUAAAAAGACUGAAAAACUGAACCAAUCGAUUUUAAAUACCUUUUAAAAGUAUUUUUUUUAAAAGAGAGCAACAGAAAGAGAGAGAGAGAGAAAAUUUGAACCGGAGGGUGAAAAUGAAACGUGGGAGCGAGAGAAGAGAACGACGGCCGUAUGUAUGCAACUGCUCGUAUUUACCGCGCGGAAAUUUUUGCUCUCUGUCAAAAAGUAAAACAAUUCGCGCCAUUGAAAAGUGAGACGCAUUUUCCGCUGUUGAAAAAUAAAGUCAGAUUUAUAUAUAAGAGUAAAUUUUUCACGAAUUCUGUCACUUUCGAAUAUUUUGCCGUUUCUACAUGUUUUAUAUCGUAUAGAAUUUUCUCAUAUUUACGCGCACCUUAUACAUUUUAUAUCCCCCGACAGUGUCUUUUCCCUCGCGAAGGUCCUCGAAACGAUACGGGGGAUGAUUGAUCACGGCGGAAAUUGAGGACCAGCACGAUAAUAACGCAAGUAUCGUGCGAAUAUCGAGGUGCACGUCUCUCGAGCGAUCUGUCAUCGCCAUUGUCGAAUCGCCUAACGGCGGCCCUAAACCUACCUACCCCAAAGAGGUAGUAGCCCCGGAGGGACGAUAAUCCCCGCAGAGAAAGGCGGGUGGCCUCUCUCUCUCUCUCUCUCUCUCUUUGCUUCUCUCUCUGCUUCUCUCUCUCUCUUUCUCUCUCUCUCUUUCUCUCUCUCUCUCUCUCUUUCUCGUCAAAACGCGUUGCGCCAUUUCAGCUGCGAGCUUCGACGAGUGCUUUAGUGUGCUUCGAGGUGCGCUUCCUCGCGAAUUACACGAAGGGCGAAGAAAGAAAUUCAACGAACAUCAAAAGACCCGGUGAUUAAUGAGCGCGGGUAAUUAAGAAACAUUAGGGAAGGCUGCCGAACGACUCCUCGAGAUUCUCGUACUAUUCGACGUGUCGCUCCCCGCCGCCCCCUUCCUCCCCGUCCCCUCAAGAGGAUCCUAGCCGGAGGACAUCGCCGCGGGGUUGGCGGUGGGAGGAGGCCGUCUACCUUCGAGGUAAGAGGGAGCGAGAAAAAGAGAGAGGGAGGGUGAAAGAGAAAGGAGAGGGGAUGGGAGGCCUUUAGGGGUGGAAAAUCGUUGGAGAAUGCCGUCGCGGUGAAAUCACUCCUCUCGAACGCUCGCGAGACGAUCAGACCACGAAGCAUCCUCUGCCGGAUCGUCCUUUUGCCUGCCUUCGCCACCUCGCCAUUCGGGUGGAAGUGGAGGAAGUGACUGUCUGAUCUCGGAUGGAAUGACAAUAAGACUCCCCUUUGAUUAAUCGACGGAAUAGAGAGAGAGAAAGAGAGAAAGAGAGAAUUAGUCUUGUCGUCGCGCUCGAAGCGGCGGAUUGUUUUGCAAGUGUUAAGAAGUUUCGGCUGCUUAUAGAACCGGCUAAAUAUAACUGUAACUUGGUCGUAAAUAUAGCUAUUCAAACGAGCGAGUGACGAUUGAGAUAAUUGCAUUGUAAUAUCCACUUUUCCACGAUUGUGUAUGAAUGAACGCAAGAUCAUUAAAGUAAACUAAUAAAAAUAGCGAAUAUAAUAAAAAAAGGAUAUAUCGGAUCAACCUGUGGAGAAGGUUCAACGUGCAAAAAGGAACCCUCGAGUGCAACGAUUAAUCAGGCGAUUGUGAUUAACGACCGGCUCGAUUAUCCCUUGAUUUAAAGUGAUUCGGAUUAAUCCCUUUCGUUGCAUCUCGGGGCGAACUUUCUAGACGCGAACGUGAAAACGUAGGCGUAUGCGACAAUAACGCGAAUGAUUUCGGGGGGAGACGGGAUAAGUAGAGUGGAUCGAAAUUAGAAUCGUGUGCAGCCAGUGGAAGAGGGUCGGCGCUUGAUCAGGCGAGCCGGCCGGCCCCAGCCAGGCUGCACUACUAAAAGGAACUCGUUUGCUUAAGGAGAUCUGUGUUUGCUCUACACACAUGCACGUAUAUACAGCGCCUACACCGGUCUCUCGCAUAAAAUUGUGCAUUACAAUCACGCCAAAAAAUAUUCUCGACGAGCGUGUGUCUCUAUUCAAGAUGAAAUUAACGAUGAUGGCAACGGCGAUAACAAUACGUCAAUGCGCGUGUUAAUGAUAUUGCGGGAAAUUUGUAAUAAUCGAUCACGUAUCAUCGCAGGGGAAAUAUCGGAAUUUCGAUGCAGCUCGGAUGUUUUUGUAAUAUCUGUCUUUGUUCGUGCCGCGACGUACGUCAAUUUGAAACGCAGUGAGUAAUCUCGACCUCCAUGCAUCUUUCUGGACGAAUACCGGGAUGUAAUCGACGACGAUAACCGAACGAUAACAAAUCACGACCAAGUCAGCGAGAAAAAUUGCGGAAAAGGCGACGAAUUGGGACGCGACAGAAAAACUAUAGUUCACGAAGGACGAAUCGGUGAAAAAUAACGAUGAAAGAAUAACGUAAAAUGAUAAGCAAACAUGUAACGAGAGGGAGAAGAAGAGAGAGCGAUUGUGUGUAACAACGUGACCGAGGACAAUAACGCUAAGAGAGGAUAAUCGAAGGCAAUCACGUGGAAACAUGAGCCGCUGUUGAACUUGAUACCGUGACAUAAUCGAAAACGACGAUAUAUUUUAGCAACGAAUCGAUCGGGACAGGACAAAUAUAUAGCGACAGCAAAAUAGACGAGAGACAACGUUAAAAAAAACGUUUACAAGUUGGUGCAGAAGGUAUUUUCGAUGUACUCCGACGACGGGCGCUCGAACUUGAAGAAUUCGCGCUCGAGUAGGUGAGCGUAUAUUCCGCGUGUUCGUUCCGCACGCAAAAUCGGGACGGGCAGCCGAAGACGAGACGGGACGGGCUCCUCUCGGUCGUGGAAUGACAAUAAAGGGACGGCGUGCCCGCGGGGUGCUAUCAUGCGAAGGACGACGAAUUUGAGCGGUGCACCAGCGAGGUGUCCGGCGAAGGUGUCCCAUCCCUUACGUGGGAUGGCACUCGGGACGCUGGCCGAGAUUGCGGUGAGACUCGUGAUUAGCGGCUACAUAUUCGCCGUGGUCGUCUACGUAAAUGCCAGCGGCAACUGGGAUAAGGAUGAUGACCUAGUGUCCACGUCUAAGGUCAGCGCCGUACUUGGUCGUACUGCCACUUUGCCUUGCGACAUUGAACCGUCCACGCGAGAAGAUCGCGUAUACAUGGUACUUUGGUUCCGCGAUUAUGCGGUGAAACCCAUUUACAGUUUUGACGUGCGGGGCCGAGCUUUUAACAAGGCCCUGAACUGGUCAGACAGCACUGCCGUAGGGCCUAGAGCCUACUUCGUCACCGUGACGAAACCCGCCGCCCUUUCCCUGGAGGCGGUUCAGCUGGACGACGAGGGGGUCUAUAGAUGCCGCGUAGACUUCAAGAACUCGCCGACCAAGAACUUCCAAGUGAAUCUCACGGUGAUCGUGCCGCCGCAUCAGCUGUUCAUCUAUGACAGCUCCGGGGUGCAGGUGGAAAGAGUAGCCGGACCGUUUCAGGUCGGCAUGGAAUUCGGCUUGUCCUGCGAAGUGAGAGGAGGGAAACCCACGCCGGUAGUGAGCUGGCUGGUGGACGGCAAGGAGGUGAACGGCAGACUCGAGGAGUUCGAGAGCCAGAACAUCGUCGUCAGCAAAUUGACGGUGCCGCAGCUGCGACGAGAGCACCGCAACACGACGUACAAAUGCCGGGCGACCAACACGCACCUUAUACCGCCGCUGGAGAAGACGGUGAUCCUCGACGUUUAUCUAAAACCGCUAACCGUGAAGAUAUUAUCGAAAUUAACGGUCAUGGAAACGGAGAAGGACUACUCCAUCACCUGCGAGACGACAGGCUCGCACCCCCGCGCUCGCAUCACCUGGAUCGAGGGGAACGAGACAUUUCGGAACGGCAAGAUGAUGGAGAGCGGCAACGCGUCGGUGGUUUUGAGCACGUUGAUAUUCUCACCCGUUCCCGACGACCAUGGAAAGAUCCUCAAGUGCCGCGGUGAAAAUCCGGCACUGACGGAUGCGUACUUGGAGGACUUCUUCAAGCUAAAUGUCGUCUUUCCGCCCAAGGUAGAGCUGCAUCUGGGCAGCACCCUGAACGCGGAGAACAUAAAGGAGGGCGACGACGUGUAUUUCGAAUGUAAAGUCCGUGCUAAUCCAGAGCAUCACAAAAUCACCUGGCGCCAUAAUGGCGCGGUGCUGACGCAAAACUAUUCGGCUGGUAUCAUCAUGAGCACCCAGAGCCUGGUUCUGCAGGGUAUAGGUCGUGACAACGCGGGAAAUUACACGUGUCUCGCCAGCAACGAUCGCGGAGAAACGACGAGCCCCAUUGUGAAUCUGAGAGUACAGUUCGCGCCGGUUUGCAAGUUGAAGGAGGUAACGAUCAUCGGGGCCUCCCUGGAGGAAUCCGUGAAGGUGCGCUGCGAAGUCGACGCCGAUCCCAGCGAGGUGGACUUUGUCUGGGAGUUCAACAACAGUGGCGAGAACUUCGAGGUCGCGCCGGCCAGGUUCGAUGGCAACAACGGCACCCUGAGCGAGCUCAUUUACACCCCCGUAUCCGAGAGGGAUUACGGCGCUUUGACCUGCUGGGGUAGAAACGCGAUAGGGAAACAGGAGACGCCUUGCAUCUAUCAAGUCAUUCCGGCAGUGAAACCAAAUCCCCUGAACAAUUGCACCAUCAAGGCAUCGCUCAAUCAAAGCUCGGAGAUCCUGGAGGUCGAGUGCGUGCCAGGAUACGAUGGCGGGCUCCACCAGGAGUUUCGGCUCGAAGCUUACGAGGUAUUGACUGGCACUCUUCGGGUGAACGCGUCCAGCGUGUCGGCCGAUCUGCCGAUCUUCCGAAUCGCCGUGGCUGAUCUCCUGCCGGCCACGCACUUUUACCUGGUGACGUACGCCGUAAAUGCCAAGGGCCGUAGCGAAGUGUCGCUCCUGGAGGACAUAAUGCUGCGAGAUUCGGAGAAGCAUACAGAUACCGGAGUCAGCAUGAUGCCGUUGAUUCUCCUGCUGAUCGGUUGCCUGCUCGCUUUCGGCGCGACGGUGAUCUCGGUGAUGCUGAUGAUGUAUCGACGCCGCGGCACCACAUCCCCCGUGCACAUCGAACCCUACAUGAAACAGCCGAUAAUCACGCCGCCGGACUCGAGGAACAAUUCGAUGCUGGACGUGACCCAUGGCGACCACACGUACUUCGUCGAGUAUACGCUGAAACAGGUCACCGAUUACGCGCUCAAUAAUCAGCCGGAUAUCAUACAGUCGCCGCAAGACCAAGACAAGAUCAAACGCGAACCACAACUGUUUUUGCCAGUGAGACCAGACACGUUGUUUGCGCCCUACGAUAUUCAUAAGCAAGGGCUGCAGACGAAUAGAUGCAGCCUGAAUCCAUUCUCCGCAAAGUCCUGGGAGCCUAUCAGCUUCAAGGCCGAUCGUAACCUGAUGAAGGAGAUCAUCAUCGCCAAUUCCAUACCUGGCCCAGAGAGCUGCGUGUAAACUCGAUCGCAGGAGUGAAUCGAGACGCCAAACAUAUACACAUACAUAUAUGCAUGUACACACAUACAUAUAUGCAUGUACACGCAUACAUAUAUACAUGUACACAUUACAUAGCACAGGACGAUCGAUUCCGAAAGCCUGAAAAUUGUAUCGCGCGCGUCGGUUGGACACACGCGGUUAUCAACGCAAAGUCAACGAAUCUCGUGUCUCGCUUGUUAACGCGCGCCGGUGACAUAUCACACGAUGACGAUAUCGUAGCAGAUAACAUACAUAUCAGCAUAUCGUAGCAUAUAUCGUGGCGCGCCACGAUCUCUCCCGAGAUUCCCGGGAGUUUAGAUCCCCGUCGAUCCAGCGCGAGACCGGGACGAGGAGUCGCGAGUCGUCGCGACACGACCUAGUCGCAUAAUUUAACCGAACGCUACACGUGGUGUACUAUUCCAAGUUUAAUAUAUUUUGUGUCAAGU